CCCCUCAUACUAUUAUUGCUUUACUAUAAACUAUCUCAAAAAACUGACCAAUGUGCUUAACAACAUACAUACACACACAUGUAACACAUCUAGAUGUACAUACAUACACAUAUUACAUACACAAAUUUCACAUAUACGUACAUACAUAUACAUGCACACAUAUACAUACAUAUACACAUACACACAUACAAAUACACAUACAUGUACACAUAUACAUACAUACAUACAUACUAUGUACACAUAUACACAUGCAUACAUACACAGAGAUGUAAAGAGACGUAGGCUAAUGUCUUUUUUUUUUUUUUUUUUUUUAAAUAAAUAACGCUGUAUUGAAGGGCGGAAGAAGUAAAUGAUGU